AUGGCGAAGUUGAAGUUGAAAGUUGUUCUUGUUCCUAUACAAUUUUCAGAUGUUCCGUCGUCAAAUUUAGAUUCUAGUCAGAGUAGAAGAUUUUUGCACUUGGCAGACGCAGAUUCAGAUUUGGGUAAAGUAUGUGAUGGGCUUACAAAAAGGUAUGCCAAACUUUACCCUGAUGAUGAUAAAUUAGCUAUAAUGAGUCUCCAGGAUGACGAUAGGUGUGAUUUAGAUCCAGAUUUUGAAGCAGGUGAUGUAUUAAAUUCUGGGGAUAUCAUUAGAGUGAUUGUGGAAAACGAACUCCAAAAUUUGAGCAAUCAUACUAGCUUCAACCAGCUGCUGAUGAUGGCGGCUGAAAAUACACCAGCGGUAAUGAGAUUAGUUGAUUUGAAUAAGCAGACUCAGAGUACUCCUAUUUACCCACCAGCACCUGUACUUACUCAGGAUUCUACGUUUCCGACCAGUAGUCGUAAGCGGACCAAGGAGUAUUUUGAUCUGACAGAUACAAAUAUCCCUUCAAAACAUGCAAGAAGGACAGUUUGGUCAUCGAGGAAUGAAUCAUUUAUAGAGCCUAAAGUACCGGCUAUUCCUUUAACCCCACAAUUAAAUGUUUCAAAAAAACGCAAAAAUAAUUCAUCUCCUCCUAAGACUCAAAAUCUGGAUAUAGAGGAUAUUAAUGAAACCAAUAUUUCUUUACCUCCGCCAGAAAUCGGCGAUGAUCGUUCAAUUCCCCAGAAAAAGAGUUCCUCUACGAAGCCAAAAGAAGAAGCUUUGCCUGGUAAGAAACGUAUCACUUCCGGUAUGCUAAGUAUGCCUGCCCAUGCGCAGUUAGAAAAGGAAGAAAUCCAUCACCAUAAACCAAAAUUAAGUAAGCGUAGUAAACAUUACCUUUAUUCAAGGGCAUUAUAUUCUGAUAUGGGAGGAUCAGAGGCUACAUCUUCAGAUUUAGAUACGGAUGAAAUCAGCUUAGAUUUUAAAGACAAAAGUCUUGAAAUAGGGGUAGAAAAUAUAUCAAAGGAUGAUGAUGUGGAGGACAGACCGCUUGCUUCAUUAUAUGAAGAAACCAUUAAAAACUCACCUAAUAACCAAGAAGAAACUCUAACAAAGACUGAAAUUAUGAAUCUUUUCAAGAAUGGUAUGAAGAUUCCAGCAAGAUUACAAAAUAAGUCACAAAAUGAGUCAGCCAGAUCUAGAAACUUGUCUGCUUUAAUGAAAAACCUUGAAAUUGAUAUGGUUGACAAAAACCCAGUUUUAUCAUCAGAAGAAAAACGGGCGACGAGGGCUGCAGCCAAUAGAAAGACAAGAACCGCUUUAAAGAAGGCUCAGACAAGUAAAGUUGCUACAAACAGUAAAGACUCUAAUCUUAUGACUUCCCUUUCUGGUUCAAGGAAAGGCUCUCAUACGAAAAGUUCUGAGCGGAAAAGUUCUGAACCAAAAAUUUCUGAACCAAAGAUUUCUGAACCAAAGAUUUCUGAACCAAAAUCUUCUGAACCAAAAUCUUCUGAACCAAAACCUUCUGAACCAAAAUCUUCUGAACCAAAAUCUUCCGAACCAAAAACUUCCGAACCAAAAACUUCUGAACCAAAAACCUCUGAACCAAAAACUUCUGAACCAAAUACUUCUGAACCAAAAGCGUCCGACCCAAAAACUUCCGAACUUAAAAGUCCUAAGUCGAAAAGUUCUGAGACAAAAGGUGCCGAUCUCAAAAGUCUUGAUGGUAAAAUUUCUGAUCCUAAAGGUUCUGAUCCUAAAGAUUCUGAUCCUAAAGAUUCUGAUCCUAGACAUGCCAUCAAAUAUAUAUCUAACCCUUCAGAAUUAUUAAACUCCUUGAAAUCUGUGUCAGCCUUUAAUAAAGAGGCAGCAAAUAAGAAUACGAAUGGAGUUCCUUCUUCUCAUAAUAAUAAAAUCAUUAGUGGACCUAAGGAUACACGCACGAAAGAUUCAGUGAAAAAUAUCAAAAAGACUGAUUCAAAUGAUAAUAAGAUAGCUAAGCAAACUGAAUCAAAACAUGAAGUGAUUGAUAAAACUCGUGUGAAAGAAACGGCACCAUCUAUUAACACUGAUUCAUCUAACGACAAACAACUGAAGGAAGAAAAUGGACAAGAAAUAAAACCACAUUAUCCUCCCGAAGGAUUUCAACCAAGUUUCACGGAUCUUGCAGGAACUUCAAAACUAGGAGCACUUUUUGAAAAGAUGAAACAAUUCGAUGAAAAAUUGAAUGUUUUAAAUAAGAAAGGAAGAUACAAUACCAAACAACUUUCUCAACGUGAUAGCGAUAAUAUUGAAUCUAGCACUCUACAUAAGGACAGGAUAGCAGAACCUCAGAUAAAUACCACCAACCUGAUCAGUUCUCCUAAAAAUGCGAGAAACACGAAUAUUAAUGAAGCUCAUAGCACUCCAACUAAAGAAGAACAAACUACAAAUAAUGUGCAAAUAGUUAAACCACAGUCAUCAAAUGAAAGUAAGAAUAUUCAAUCCGAACAUAAUGAUGUUUUGCCAACAACCACGCAAGAUCAACAAAUGGGCAACCUAGGUAUUUAUGCUAAUUUGAACUCCUAUCCAAUCAGUUAUAACAAUAUAACUUCGAACUCUCAUUUAGCUAAGAAUACCAGCGACAGGAAUAAUUCUAGUACUCUGAAUAAGUUGCUGAAAGAAGCCGAAACUAAAAAUAUUUUUAAUAAUGUGAACAGUCCUAUGAGUAAGAGCAAUAAUAAUAAGAAUAUACCUAAUACUGUGAACAAUAUAAUGAGUAAAGCUAAUGAUAAUAAUACUUCUGUUAAUGAUAAUUCGAUAACUAAAAGCAACGAUAAGGAAAUACCUAGUACUAUGAAUAAUGCAAUGAGUAAAGCUAAUGAUAAAAAUACGUCUAUUACGACGAAUAAUUCAAUAAGUAAGAGCAAUUAUAAGGAUAUUCCUAGUACUGUGAAUAAUCCGACGAGUGAAGCAAAUAAUAAAGGCACUUUUAAUAAUUUUAAUGGCACAAUUUCUAAAGCUAGUGACAAGAGUAUGUCUAAUAAUAUGAAUAAAGCAAUGCGUGAAAAUAACAAUGUUUCCAAUAAUAUAAGUACUUCAAUGAAUAAAACCAAUGAUAACAUUAUCCCUAAUUAUAUGGGAAAUACAAUGGGUAAACCAAUUCACAACAAUAUUUCUCAUACCAUGAACAACGUAAUAGGUAAAGUCAAUUACAAUGAUAUUCAUAACAACAAGCAUAUUAUAAUGAGUAAUCAUAAUCUUGGAAUCCUGAAAAACGUAAUUGGCGAUAGCAGUAAAAUACCUAGUUUGAAUGACAAAAUGCCAAAUACUAAUAAUAUGCUACUGGUGAACACUAAUGGGGCUACUCAAAUUACAGGUAUCAAUCAUAUUGAAGACAAGACUUCCGAGCAAGGCAAAAGUAUAGUAUCAAGUAAUACUAUUAAAUAUCCAUAUGUUAAAUCUAAUGUUACAAAUGGAACCGAGAAAACUAAAGAAUUCUUGAGAAAUAAACAUCUGCCACAUUCUACGCCAAAUGAUCAUCGUAUCCAGAAAAGGGUUCAAAAUGUUUAUACCGCUCCAUAUGAUCCUUCUACACUGACGAAUGAUAAGGUGAAUAACUUCGAUUUCAAAAAAAGAAACCUUAGUACAAAUGCCAACUCUCUUGUAUCAAGCAGUGGUAAUGACAUAGAUACUGUUGUUUUUUCGGCUACGAAUGGCUAUAAUAAUCCAAAAGGUUUUCCUAGUCAGGAAAAAUUUCAAUCUUUCAAUUUGCAAAAACUUGAAACUACCCGACAAGACUCUAAUCACGCUAGAGAUAAUAAUUCAAACUCAAAUCCAAAUAACAAUAUUCGAAACGAUGGUCAAGUACCUCCAAUUACGAAAAAUACUAGUAAUCAGUUACAUAGAGCCGAUAAGAAUGACGAUUCAAAAUUCAAGGAUCUUUUUAUGAGAGUUGAUUCAAAGUUGCCUAAUCCAGCUGGAACAAACACAUUAUCUUCGGAAAAGCUGAAAUCUCCAAGUACACCAACUAAACCGAAUACACCAGUUAAACUGGCGAAGAUUCACGGUAUUACUCUUACCAAUUCUAGUUUAUCACUGAAUGUGGCUGGUAUUUCUAGAUUUGCGGAGCGUAGGAAUAAGCACCCUGUGGAUUAUGCAAACGUAUCCUCAAUUGCCAAACAACCAAAUGAACAUGAGAGGAUUAAAUUACGCGCAGAAAGUAUUAAGUCUAAUCCAUUUAUUCUGGAUGUGCUGCCAUUACAAAGUGGUGAAGCGUUGAGUAAAGAAGAUGCCAAAAGAGAAGCUGAAGAUUCAACUAAGCAAAAGAAAUUGGGCCUGAACAAAAGAAAACACAAUGUAUCGUAUUCUAAUAUUUCGUCAUCAUCAUCAUCUGAUGAAAGCCCAAGUUCAGAGUCUGAAAAUAAUGAUUCGGACGUUGAGAAUAAACGGCCACGUCUUGCGGCUGCAGUUCCCUCGUCUACUUUUUCCCAUCCGAAUGUAUUGCAUCAAAACCAAUCAAUAUUUUCUCCAGCCUCUAAGGAGAAGGAAUUACUUCAAACACGUAAGGAUGAUGGUUCCCACACCUCUGCUACUAAAGUUUUGCAAGAGUCGCCCCAAAAGACCCCCGAAACACCAAGCAGUUAUCAGGAUAAAAGUAAUAUUAAGAAACCUAUAUUAACUUCGUUAAGUGAUUUGGCUUUGCGUGGAGUUCCCGAUGUCGAAUCAACUUCCAUGGUAGAUCUUGGUACAAAAGAUAUUAAGAAAACCAAGGAUGAUACAACAGAUGGUGAAACCACAGAUGAAGUAGGCUCCUCGUCGUCUUCAUCGGCAACAGAUAGUGAAGAUUCAGAUAGUGAUCAAGACACUUCAGGAAAGUUUAUAAAUAUUAAAAAAUUGAAUCAAGGCAAACCCAAGAGGAAUAAAGGGGGGUUUUCUGCUCUUAUGAAGGACGCUAGAAAAUUUUGA